ACUUCCUUUGCAACUGCAAGAACCAGAGACCAGAAGACCAUGACUACAACCCAGCUACUGCUGAACAUUCUUCUCUGCCUCUCUCUGAUCUUCCAAUGCUCUUUCGCCAUCUCGCCUCUCGGCAAGAUCAUACCUCGCUUUCCUUCUCCUCUCAUUCGUCCCGAAAAUCCUCGAGGACCCUCCCUCUCUGAGGACCGGAGCAGCAACAAUGGGCUCUACGAGACCAGGUAUUUCACGCAAGUCCUUGACCACUUCGGCUUCCGUCCCGAGAGCUACCAGACGUUCCAGCAGAGGUACUUGAUCAACUCCACCUUCUGGGGCGGCCCGCGGAGGAACGCCCCGAUCUUCGUCUACACCGGGAAUGAGGGCGACAUCGAGUGGUUCGCCCAGAACACGGGCUUCGUGUUCGAGACCGCGCCCCGCUUCCAUGCCCUUCUUGUGUUCAUCGAGCAUCGGUUUUACGGGAAAUCGAUUCCUUUCGGGGGCAACAAAGCUGUGGCGUCCAGCAACUCGAGCACGCUGGGCUAUCUCUCAUCGACGCAAGCAUUAGCGGACUACGCAACGCUGAUCACCGAUCUGAAGAAGAACUGGACGGCCGAGGAUUCGCCAGUGGUGGUUUUUGGAGGUUCCUACGGUGGAAUGUUGGCCGCAUGGUUUAGGCUAAAGUAUCCCCAUAUUGCGAUUGGCGCUUUGUCUUCGUCUUCUCCUAUCCUCAACUUCGACAACAUCACCUCUCCUUACAGGUUCACCGACAUCAUCACUCGAGACUUCAGGAGCGAGAGCGAGAAUUGCUACGAAGUGAUCGGACGGUCAUGGCAGAAGAUCGAAGAUACAGCGAAGCAGCAAGGCGGGCUCGAGAUCCUACGAAAAUCAUUCAGACUAUGCAGGAACUCCAUGGAUGCGGGUUAUCUCCAAGGUUGGCUAGAAACUGCUCUCGUUUACUCGGCCAUGACCGAUUACCCAACUCCUGCCAAUUUCUUGACUCCGUUGCCUGCUUAUCCAGUCAAACAGAUGUGCAAGGCGAUAGAUGACCCGAGCAAAGGAGAUGACGAUUUCGCAAAAUUGUACGGUGCCGCGAGCAUCUUCUACAACUACAGCGGCAGCGUCUCAUGCUUUGAUCUAAUGGACAAUUCCGAUCCUCAUGGCCUCGGCGGAUGGCAAUGGCAGGCAUGCACGGAAAUGAUAAUGCCAACUGGGGGCGUUCGAGAGACGGGCAUAUUCCCAGCUCAAAAGUAUAACUACAGUGAUACAGCCAGCUCCUGCGCAUCUCGCUUUGGCGUCGUCCCUAGGCCCGCCUGGAUCCCUAUCGAGUUCGGCGGCCAUGACAUUAGGAGGACCUUGAGGAGAUUUGGGAGCAACAUCAUCUUCUUCAAUGGCUUAAGAGAUCCUUGGAGUGGUGGAGGGGUGUUGAAGAGCAUUUCCAAGAGCAUCGUUGCAAUAGUGGCCGAAAAAGGGGCUCACCAUGUCGACUUGCGAUACUCGAUUGGCGAAGAUCCCGAGUGGCUUCGAGAUGUGAGGAAGACGGAGAUCAAGAUCAUCUCAGGCUGGAUCUCUCAGUACUACCGAGACUUGGCCGAAUCGUCUUCCUAAGCCAAGGUUCUCCGACUCAUACUACUUCUAGUUCUUCAACUAUCCAAGUGCCCGCUUUUUCUCUAAGGGGUUAAAAUUUGACACUUACAUUUUGUUUUCUUAAAUGUUUCUCGACAUUAAUAAAUGG